UAUACUCUGCUUAGUGUUGUUUGUUAACUAUACAUAUUCUCAUAUAUGUAGAUUUUUGUUUUGUACAUAAUUUUAAUUAGUAUUUUUGUCAAUAGUUCGUCGUUAUUUACAAUUAAUUGUGUGGUCUAGUCAAUUUAUUUUGUCGUGUUUGUUUUAUAUACAUUAAUACAUUGAAACAAUGUAUUCACUCUGUAAUCAGAAUUUUGACGACGGAAGAGAAUUAGAAGAAAAGGUGCGUAAGGAGUUCGAGUGUCCAGUGUGCGCAGAAUAUGCAGCUCCACCUAUAUUUAUGUGCCCCAAUAGCCACAUAAUAUGCGCUCGUUGUUGGCAAUUGUGUCCCAGUUGUCCUAUAUGCAGAGCUAAUAAAAUAAAGUCUCGUGCGUAUACCUUAGAAAGAAUACACACCUUCAUCAGUUUUCCGUGCAAAUUUGAAAAUUGCACUUUUCUGGGACAGGGCUUCGAAACUUUGUCACACGAAAAAGGCUGCGAAUACGCUCCUACACGGUGUCCAUUGGCUGACAACUUCCAGUGUACCGUUAUAUCGCCAUAUAAGGACCUGCAUACCCAUUUGAAAGAGAAACACUAUGAAAACGUAUAUUAUACAAAGUCUGCUAAUUUUGUGGCCAAGAAAUUUUCGGAGAAAUGUAGAAAUGAAUUCGUCAUCGUGUUUUAUUAUAAUGAUACCUUAUUUCAACUGAAGUGGAAAUACGAUCAGAAUUUUCCCGCGGUCCGGUGCAUCCUCUCCAAAACAUCUCCUUACCAUCCACAAUGCGGUUACGCCUGCAAGCUCAAGUUCUACCAGAAGGACUCCAUUCACGUGACGCGACGAGUAACCUUCAAAGCCAAUGGACUAGCGGAGUUCUGCCUCUUCCUACCCGAUCUCCUAGAAAUCACAACGGCCGAGGGAGAUCUCAUUUAUAGCUUUGAGAUACACAGUUACGAUACUCGGUAUAGGUUGAGGCUAAACGAAUCGGAUUAUAUUACCAUAACCAAAGAAGAGUAACCAAAAAAUAGUCUGGAUAAUGCUCAUAGUUCACGAGCCGCAUAAAGAAUCACAAAAAUGUUUAUAAAACACGUUUUAUUAAGAAGAUAAUACACAGGGUGAUCGCGUUAGACGUUUAUGGAGUACCUCUGUGAUAAAAUAUUUUUGAAAAUUUGGAUUUUUGCAAGAGGCACCUGCUCCAUCUCGUCUAAAUUAUUUUUAGCAUUACAGUGUUGCCGCUUCAUACUAAA